ACAUGCGUGGGACCUUUGCUGCUGCUGGCUGCAGCCUGGGCAGGCCACCACCACCACUACGGUGCUGAUGGCUCUCACACCCAUGAAGAAUAUGUUAGGUGGCUCAAGCUGUCCUGUUCCAAUGCUGACUUUGCCUUUGCCCUUUACAAAAGCCUGAAUGCCAACGCUGCUGCUGGAAAGAACAUAUUCUUCUCGCCCCUGGGCAUCUCCACUGCCCUGUCCAUGGUGUCCACAGGGGCUGGAAACCGACAGCAGCUGUUCUCCAGCUUAGGCUACAGUGCUCACACCCAGGAACAGGUCAACGAGGCGUACGAGCAUCUUUUCCACAUGAUGAGACACAGUGAAGAGCAUCAUCAGGUGGAUUUGGGUAGCGGCGUUGCCUUUCAAACUGGCUACAGUCCUCUGGAGAAGUUCCAGAAUGAUGUCAAGGAUGACUAUUUUGGUCGGAUCUUCACCGUUAACUUUACCAAACCAGCUGAGGCUGCGGAUGACAUCAACAAAUUAAUUGCUAAUAGAACCAACAACAUGAUCACAGAUAUGGUGAAGGACCUGGACCCCAGGACGAUCAUGAUGAUUAUCAACUAUGUCUACUUCAGAGGACAGUGGGAAGAACCCUUCGAUGCUAACCAUACACAGCUGCCCUACAAGGGCAACACCUCCAUGAUGAUCGUCCUGCCUGAAGAAGGCAAGAUGAAGGAGGUGGAGGGCUACAUCAGCAAGGACUACGUCAAGCACUGGCAUGACUCAGUCAUCAGGAGGUCUGUGCGUCUGUCGCUGCCAAAGUUCUCCAUCUCUGCUGACGCCUCCCUGGAGAGCACACUUAAAGAAAUGGACAUUUUUGGGAAAACCCAUAAAAGCAUAAUAGGGCUUCUUUAACUAACUAAGAUACUGGACAACCAGAUCCUCCAAACAAAAAUAGAAGAGAAAAUGAACAAAAGAGUGAAAUCCUAAACUAAGGAUGUCUGGCAGUUGAGAGAGACAGAGAGAAAUCUGUCUUCCUUCUUAUAUGGAUCAUUUGUGAAGAUCUGGAGCACCUGAGCAGAGAGGUGAUAGAGAGCAAAAAAGGGGGAGCGUGUAACUUAGAGUUAGGGUGCCGUGUCUAAAGCUACAGCUUCCAAAGAAGCAAUACAAUAUUCUCCUUUUACAACAAACACAAUACGCUCUUUUUUUUAUUUUUAGUAACGAUGCAAUCCAGCUAGUAAUCCCCAACUGUUAUAAAUGUAACGUAAAUGUAAGGGAACAGCUACAUUUUUUUUCGUAUCCUGAUUAGGUAAUCCCGUUACAUGUUAUCCAUUACUUCCCAAACCUGUCUUUGGGACAUUAUAUAUGUUUUUUCUAUUGUAUUUGUUUCUAUUUGUUUUUGGUAAAACAUGCUUGUGUAAUAAU